CUCCUCCUCUCCAGAGAUCAUGUACAGCUGGGUGUUCAACGAGUUCCCAUCGUUUGUGGCCGAGGAUAGCCGGCGGUUCAUCUCCCAGGCAACGGGCAACCUGUACGUGUCCAAGGUGCAGCCUAGCGACGUGGGCAGCUACAUCUGUCUGGUGAAGAACACAGUGACCAACGCCAGGGUCCUCAGCCCGCCCACUCCACUCACACUCAGAACAGAUGGUCUAAUGGGAGAAUAUGAGCCUAAAAUCGAGGUGCAUUUCCCCCUGUCUGUCCCGGCUGCCAGAGGAGUCACCGUGAGGCUGGAGUGUUUCGCCCUGGGGAAUCCAGUCCCGACAAUCACAUGGAGGAAGAUGAACGGUAACAUCCCCAAGAAGGCUCGUCUGAGGAAGUCCCAGGCUGUUCUGGAGAUCCCUAAUGUACAGCUGGAAGAUUCAGGGACCUACGAAUGUAAAGCAGAGAACCCCAGAGGAGUAACAGUCUUUAAGGGACACAUCCAGGUCUACACCUUCCCCCAGUGGAUCAGCACAAUAAAUGACAGCCAGUUGGACAGUGGAGAUCAGCUGCACUGGGAGUGCAAGGCCACAGGGAAGCCUAGACCCACCUACCGCUGGCUCCGCAAUGGAGAGCCGCUCACACCACAGAACAGGGUGGAGAUGGUGAAUGGAGAGCUCAUUAUCCAGAAGGUCCAACAGGCUGACUCUGGGAUGUACCAGUGUGUCGCUGAGAACAAAUACGGAGCCAUCUACUGCAGCUCAGAACUCAAGAUCUUAGCGUCACCCCCAGUCUUCAGCCCUAACCCUGUCCGUCUGAUCGCCACGCUGGGGAAAGACAUGUUGUUGGGAUGUAGACCCCGAGCAUCUCCCAAGCCUAGAGUAACAUGGAGGAGAGGAGACAGACGCAUUCAGCCCAGCAGAAGGAUAAUGCUGUUACGAAACAACACUCUGAGGAUCAUCAACUCCACCCGCUCUGACGAGGGGAACUAUGUCUGUCGAGCCGAGAAUCAGUUUGGUUCGGCUGAGAUGACGGCCAUGCUCUGGGUAAAAGAGGCCAUGCGUGUGGACCUGAGCCCCAGCAGGGUGGAGGUGACAGUGGGGGAGAGCGUGGUGCUCAGUUGCAGGGUGUCACAUGACCCAUCUCUGGACGUGGCCUUCCAGUGGCUCCUCAACCAGCAGCCCCUCAACUUCCAACAGGAGGGCGGACAUUUUGAAUAUACCCAAACACAGUCCUCCACGGUGGACCUGAUGAUCAGAAGCAUCCUGCUGAAGCAUGCUGGGAAAUACGGCUGCCGGGCUCAGACCAGCGCCGACACGGUGUUUGCUGAGGCUGAAGUCCUCGUUAGAGGCCCCCCAGGACCCCCUGGUGUGGUGAUAGUAGAGGAGAUCAAGGACACUACAGCCACCCUGUCUUGGAGUGGAGGGGUGGACAACCACAGCCCCAUCAGCAGCUACAAUCUCCAGGCCCGGAGCCCCUUCUCCCUGGGCUGGCAGACCCUCAGAACAGACCCAGAGCCAGUGACAGGGGACAUGGAGUCAGCCAUGGCUGUGGAGCUCAACCCCUGGGUGGACUAUGAGUUCAGGGUGGUGGCCAGUAACGCUAUCGGGACAGGAGACCCCAGUGCCCCAUCCAGAGGAGUCCGGACUAAAGAAGCAGUCCCCUCGGUGGUCCCAGCUAACGUCAGCGGAGGAAACGGCCGCAGGCAUGAACUGGUCAUCUCCUGGGAGCCUGUGUCUGAGGAGUUCCAGAAUGGGGAGGGCUUUGGCUACAUCGUGGCGUUCAGAGCCAAUGGGACGCGAGGAUGGAAGGAGAAGAUGGUGACAUCAGCAGAUUCCACUACUUACAAGUACAGAGAUGAGACCUUCCCUCCCCUCACCCCCUUCGAAGUGAAGGUGGGCGUGUACAACAACAAGGGAGACGGACCCUUCAGUGGUGUGGUCACUGUGUACUCUGCAGAGGGAGAGCCCAGAGAGGCCCCAUCUGAGGUGAAAGCUUCCAGUAUUUCCUCUUCGGAAAUCAAAGUAACUUGGAGGCCACCCAACCCUGGCCCUGGGAGACCACGGGGAUACGAGGUGAGCUACAGGAUGGACAGUGAGCAGGAGGAGUCAGGGAACAGGAAGAAGACAGUGGGGAACGAGACGUCUAUGGUGCUGACAGGCCUGGAGGGGAACAGCGUGUACCUCAUCACAGUCAGAGGCUUCAACAGUAUCGGCCAGGGCCCUGCAUCAACCGCUAGCACCGCCAAGACCAAGAAAGACCCUCCAGUCCAGCCUCCAGCCAACCUGGUGUGGAUUCAGGAAGGGACUAACGUAUCGUUAAACUGGGACCCGGUUAAGUCUAAAGACAACGAGUCAGAUGUCAUAGGAUACAAGGUGUUGUUGAGUCAGGAGGGGCGUGUCCACAAUCAGGUGAUAAGGACCAUCACCCCAUCGGCCGUCCUCUCUCUCCCGGAGGGAGGCACCUACAUCAUUGAGGUGCGGGCUUUGAGUGAGGGGGGAGAGGGAGCAAUCAGCUCCCAAGUCAGAGUACUCACCUCUUCAGGUGUCCGGGUGAAGAGUGGCCAGCGUUCGGUUCACAGCCUGCUACCAUGGGGUCUGACAUGGCCAUGGACUUUGGCGUUGCUCCUCUCUGUUCCUCUCGUGCCUUCAGCUUCCUGGUGAGGCCUCUGCCUCCUCCAUCCCUCCAUUCUCCUUUACUUGGAAGGACUGGACCUCUCCUCCUUUCCUCAUCCCUCGUUCCUUCCAUCCCUCCCUUCCUCAGACUGUCUGCUUGCUCUCGCCUUACGCAUCAGCCAAUCAGGCCCAGGGCCUGCCAAGGAGAUCCACUCCUGAUACCAACAAACCAUACGCAUCAGCCAAUC